CUAGCUAGUCAAAGCUACAGAAGUGUCUUGUUAGAACAACUACACACAACACUGCACAAAGAACCAAAAUUAGUGAAUGGUAGUGUCUAUAAAGGGUAUGUCCCUUCAGGAGAGAGGUGCCAAUGUCCAUCAGGAUUAAUCACACUGCAGGGGGGUCACUGCGCCGAUCACAGAGGAACACACUCACCACCAGGUUGCAGUCAGAACAAACCAAACCAGCAAAUUCCCCUCCUGAAAGUAAAAGAUCACAUACUAAAGCUUCCAAAACCCCACCCGCAUCUACGGCUGGCUCCGCCCGUGGUCACGCCCCGCGCAGGAACAGUGUCUCUCUCCCAUCACUGACUCACUCUAUAUCUGAUCCUGACUCGGAGGCAGCAGGAAGUUCAGGCCAGCAGGAGCAGCGAGACAUCAGCAACAACCGCGCCCUAAAACGUAGCUCCGCCCCCGAGCACAACAGCACACCCUAUUCGCCCAGCCCAGCCAAACGGCCUAAAGCUCCACCCCCUGAGAACUCUGAGCAAUCAGAACCUGUAGAUCCUACACCGGACUCUGCUCCUGAGCCUAGAACCUCAUCCGCUGCAAAGUCCAAGAAGCGCCGUCUGCCCUCAGAAAUUCCUCCCAGCAGGCCGCUAAACCGGAAAAGCGGACCUUGCCCUGCCCCCAGUUCUUCCCAAAAGCGUAAAAAGGCAGACGCCCCCGUUCCUUUAUCCUCAUCCUCCUCGUCUUCUUCCUCCUCGUUGUUUUUUCCCAGCUCCAGCAGUGAGCAGGCCGGCCGCUCAUCCAAACCCUCCAAACUGGCGUCCAAAUCAGCCGCCUCGGCCAAAUCGGUGACCGACUCCGCAUCUUCCUCCUCCGCUUCCUCCUCUUCUUUCACUUCCUCUUCGUCCUCCUCUUCCUCCGUGGUGGUCGCCGGUGCCAGCGGCUGCGCCCCGCCCUCAGGGCCUCAGGGCGCCCGGCUGAAGCAGGGCAAAGACCAGAACAAGUCGAGGCGCUCCCGUUCCGCCUCCUCGCCCUCGCCCCGCCGCAGCAGUCGUGACAAAGAGCACAGCAAGUCCAACUCGGCCGCCGCCUCCUCCAAGUUCGAUUGGACCAGCCGAUUCAGCCCGAGAGUGAACCUGCCCAAACCCAGACUCGCUCUGCCCGGCUCCUCAAAACCAGAGACGCCACCAGGCUCCAGCAAACCCGGCCCGAGCGGACUGCAGGCCAAACUCGCCAGUCUGAGGAAGUCGACUAAGAAGCGUAGUGAGUCUCCCCCCGCAGAGCUCCCCAACUUUAGGAGGAGCACACGACAGAAGACCACGGGCUCCUGCGCCAGCACCAGUCGGCGAGGUUCAGGUUUAGGGAAGCGUGGUGCAGCUGAAACUCGCCGACAGGACAAAAUGGCCGAAAACGACAACAACCAGGAUGGAGCCAAUUCAUCACGCACAGAGGAGACACCUCAAGGAGCUUCAGCCUCCAGUUCAGUAGCGGGCGCUGUAGGAAUGACGACGUCCGGAGAAAGUGAGUCAGACGACUCUGAAAUGGGCCGAUUACAAGCUCUGCUGGAAGCACGUGGUCUUCCCCCUCAUCUGUUUGGCCCCCUUGGACCCCGCAUGUCCCAACUGUUCCACCGUACCAUCGGCACCGGAGCCAGUUCAAAGGCUCAGCAGUUGCUGCAGGGUUUACAGGCGACGGGUGACGAAUCCCAGCAGUUACAGGCAGCGAUAGAGAUGUGCCAACUGCUGGUGAUGGGAAAUGAGGAGACACUGGGAGGAUUCCCUGUCAAGAGUGUGGUUCCUGCUUUGAUCACACUGUUGCAGAUGGAGCAUAAUUUUGAUAUUAUGAACCACGCCUCUCGUGCUCUCACCUACAUGAUGGAGGCGCUACCACGUUCUUCGGCUGUAGUCGUAGACGCCAUUCCUGUCUUCCUGGAAAAGCUUCAGGUGAUCCAGUUCAUUGAUGUGGCUGAACAGGCUCUCACAGCGCUGGAGAUGCUCUCACGGAGACACAGCAAAGCUAUACUGCAGGCCGGAGGGUUAGCCGACUGUUUGCUGUAUCUGGAGUUUUUCAGUAUUAAUGCUCAGAGGAACGCGUUAGCCAUCGCGGCUAACUGCUGCCAGAGCAUCACACCCGACGAGUUCCACUUCGUAGCUGAUUCACUGCCUCUGCUCACCCAGAGACUGACGCACCAGGAUAAGAAGUCAGUGGAGAGCACAUGCCUCUGUUUCGCUCGCUUGGUGGAUAACUUCCAGCACGAGGAGAAUCUGCUGCAGCAGGUGGCAUCACGUGAUCUGCUGACCAACAUCCAGCAGCUGUUAGUGGUGACUCCACCAGUGCUCAGCUCAGGAAUGUUCAUCAUGGUGGUGCGCAUGUUCUCUCUCAUGUGCUCCAACUGCCCCACCCUCGCAGUACAGCUCAUGAGGCAAAAUAUAGCAGAGACUUUACGUUUCCUGUUGUGCGGAGCUUCGAGCGGGAGCUGUCAGGAACAGAUCGACCUCGUACCCAGAAGCCCCCAGGAACUCUACGAGCUCACUUCCCUUAUCUGUGAGCUGAUGCCAUGCCUCCCUAGAGAGGGCAUAUUUGCAGUGGACGCUAUGUUGAAGAAGGGUAGCGCCCACACUACAGAGGCGGCAGUAUGGCAAUGGAGAGACGACCGAGGCCUGUGGCAUCCCUACAACCGCAUUGACAGUCGCAUUAUUGAGACUGCUCAUCAGAAUGGUGAGGAUGAGAUCAGUCUUUCCACACUUGGUCGUGUUUACACCAUCGACUUCAACUCUAUGCAGCAGAUAAACGAGGACACAGGAACGGCACGAGGAAUCCAGAGGAAACCAAACCCCCUCAUUAAUCCUAAUACAGGUCAUGUGGAGGUUCGAGGUGAGGAUGCGAGGGCGGAGCUGAUGCGUGAGGAGGCGGAGUUAGCACGCUGUUUCAUUAAGACUCUGUUCGGGGUGCUGUACGAGGUGUACAGUUCCUCAGCCGGUCCUGCCGUCAGACACAAGUGCCUCAGAGCAAUCCUGCGCAUCAUCUUCUUCUCUGACUCGGAGCUGCUCAAGGACGUUCUGCGGAACCACGCCGUCUCCAGUCACAUAGCCUCCAUGCUGUCCAGUCAGGAUCUGAAGAUCGUGGUUGGUUCUCUACAGAUGGCAGAAAUUCUGAUGCAGAAGCUUCCUGAUGUGUUCAGUGUUUAUUUCAGGAGAGAAGGUGUGAUGCACCAGGUAAAGAACUUGGCCGAAAGUGAGUUUCUGUCCAGCCCCCCCAAGGCGUGCCCCAGUGGAAUCACUGCAGCAACCACCACCAUCACCACAGCAACUGCUCCUGCUGCCUCCAGUGUCACACCGGAUCUGGGUUCUCCCAGUUUUCAUAACAACAUGGAGGACUCGCUGGACCUCAGCCCACAGGGUCGCCUCAGUGAUGUUCUAAAGAGGAAACGGCUUCCUCGGAGAGUUCCACGCCGUCCCAAAUACUCUCCACCCAGAGACGAUGAUAAAGUGGAUAAUCAAGCUAAGAGUCCCACCACCACCGCAUCCCCCAAAUCCUCCUUCUUGGCCAGUCUGAACCCCAAAACCUGGGGCAAACUGGGGGCUCAGAACAACAGCACAAACUCUGAGCCCUCACGCACUGCUGGGGUCAGUGGGCUGGCCCGCACCGUUAACAAAGACUCUGUAUCUAAUAACAGAGAGAAGAUUAAAGCAUGGAUAAAGGAACAGGCGAGUAAGUUUGUGGAGCGAUACUUCAAUUCAGAGAAUGUAGACGGAAGCAACCCAGCACUGAACGUCCUUCAGAGACUCUGUACUGCUACACAACAGCUCAGCCUUCAGGUGGACAGUGGAGUGGAGUGUUUAGUGGAGAUCUGCAGUAUUGUAUCAGAAUCUGACGUGUCCUCGUUCGAGAUCCAGCACAGUGGCUUGGUGAAACAGUUGCUGCUCUAUCUGACCUCCAACAGCGAGAGAGACGUCGUAUGCAGGGACCAUCGCAUCAAACGCUUCCUGCACAUCUUCUACGGCUGCCCUGUUCCAGGACAGGAGCCUUUGUGCCGGUUGGAACCGAUGGAGAACGGGCCAUUUUUAGCACUCGUACACAAGAUGAACAGCUGUCUGAGUCAGAUGGAACAGUUUCCUGUUAAAGUGCAUGACUUCCCCAGUGGGAAUGGAAACGGCAGCAGAGGUUCACAGGCUCUGAAGUUCUUCAACACACACCAGCUGAAGUGCCAGCUACAGAGACACCCGGACUGCACCAACGUCAAGCAGUGGAAGGGCGGACCUGUUAAAAUCGAUCCCCUGGCACUGGUACAGGCCAUCGAAAGAUACCUCGUUGUCAGAGGAUACGGCCGGAUCCGAGAGGAGGAUGAGGACAGUGAUGACGACGGAUCGGACGAUGAGAUCGAUGAGUCACUUGCGGCUCAGUUCCUGAAUUCGGGCAGUGUUCGGCACAGGCUGCAGUUCUACAUUGCCGAUCACCUCCUACCCUACAACAUGACGGUGUACCAGGCAGUGAGACAGUUUAGCCUGCAACCAGAGGAGGAACGAGAGAGCACAGACGACGAAGCUAACCCGCUCGGUCGUGCCGGCAUCUGGACCAAAACGCACACCAUAUGGUAUAAGCCGGUCCGAGAGGAUGAAGAUGGCUGUAAAGACUCUGUCGGAGGUAAAAGGGGUCGAGCACAAACGGCUCCUACCAAAACCUCACCACGCAACGCCAAGAAACAGGACGAGCUGUGGCAUGAUGGUGUGUGUCCGAGUGUGAUGAACCCACUGGAGUCGUACCUCAUAUCUGAACCUCCAGAGGGCAUCACCUUUGAAGACCCCUCACUGGAGGUCAUCCUGCUGCUGCGGGUUCUGCACACCAUCAGCAGAUACUGGUUCUACCUCUAUGAUAAUGCUGUGUGUAAGGAGAUCAUUUCCACUAGUGAAUUUAUUAACAGUAAACUGACGGCAAAAGCUAACAGACAGUUACAGGAUCCGCUUGUCAUCAUGACCGGCAACAUCCCGCCCUGGCUUACAGAGCUCGGCAAGACCUGUCCAUUCUUUUUCCCCUUCGAUACGAGGCAGAUGUUGUUCUACGUCACUGCUUUCGAUCGUGAUCGUGCUAUGCAGCGUCUGCUCGACACCAACCCCGAAAUCAACCAGUCGGAUUCCCAGGACAGCCGUGUAGCACCUCGUCUCGACAGGAAGAAGAGGACGAUAAACCGGGACGAGCUGUUGAAACAGGCCGAGUCAGUGAUGCAGGAUCUGGGAAGCUCCAGGGCCAUGCUGGAGAUCCAGUACGAGAAUGAGGUGGGCACAGGUCUGGGUCCGACUCUGGAGUUUUAUGCACUGGUAUCUCAGGAGCUGCAGAGAGCUGAUCUGGGUUUAUGGAGAGGAGAAGAGGUUACGCUAGCCAACCCUAAAGGGAGUCAAGAAGGUACCAAGUACAUGUUCAGUUCAAGAGGUCUUUUCGCUGUACCGUUCGGCCGCAGCACUAAACCUGCUCACGUCGCCAAGAUCAAGAUGAAGUUCCGCUUUCUGGGAAAACUCAUGGCCAAAGCCAUCAUGGACUUCAGACUGCUGGAUCUGCCUCUGGGUUUACCUUUCUAUAAGUGGAUGUUGAGAAGCGAGUUAUCGAUCAGCUCCCAUGAUCUGGUGAACAUCGACCCUGGUGUCGCCAAGUCCAUGCAGCAUCUGGAGGACAUCAUCCGGCAGAAGAGAAGACUCGAGCUGGACAAAUCACACACGAGGGAAACACUACAGCAGGAGCUUGAAAGUCUAAACAUGAACGGCUGUUCAGUGGAGGAUUUAGGGCUUGACUUUACACUGCCGGGAUUCCCCAAUAUCGAACUUAAGAAGGGGGGCAAAGACGUUCCUGUCACCAUCCACAACCUGGAGGAGUACCUGAGGUUGGUGGUGUACUGGACCCUGAAUGAGGGUGUGUCGCGACAGUUUGAGUCGUUUCGGGAAGGCUUUGAGUCCGUCUUUUCCCUGCAACAUCUACAGUACUUCUACCCAGAGGAGUUGGAUCUGUUGUUGUGUGGAAGUAAGACGGAGACGUGGGAUGUUAAAACUCUAAUGGAGUGCUGCAGACCCGACCACGGAUACACACAUGACAGUCGGGCCGUUCGGUUCCUGUUUGAGGUGUUGAGUAAUUUCGAUCCAGAGCAGCAGAGGCUUUUCCUGCAGUUUGUAACUGGGAGUCCUCGAUUACCAGUAGGAGGUUUCCGGAGUCUGAACCCUCCUCUGACGAUUGUGCGCAAGACGUUCGAGUCGACGGAGAACCCAGACGAUUUCCUGCCGUCGGUGAUGACGUGUGUAAACUACCUAAAGCUUCCGGAUUAUUCCAGCAUCGAGAUCAUGAGGGAGAAACUGUUAAUGGCAGCUCGGGAGGGCCAGCAGUCUUUCCACCUGUCCUGAUCUCAUACACACCCGUGUACACACGACACACAUCUGGAAAAUGCCUUCUAUUACUAUACACACACACACUGAUCAUGACUUCCUCCUGCUUUAGUUCUACAUUUGGUUUGGGGGGGUUUUUGUUUUGGUUCUUGGCUGCGUCCACACUGAGACUUGUGAUGUCAUAACUGCGGAUAAAUAAAUCGACCUGAGGAGUUAUCAGAUCUGGAGAGAAAUCCGGCGUGUGGAAAGCAGAUCUGAUCAGUGUGAGGAAACUGUGUAUGUGUGUGUGUGCGUGUGCGUGUGUGUGUGUACAUACGCUCUCCUACAGCUCCAAAGAUCAUUUGUACAGACCAACGCUUUGCUCAUUCUUCAUGUUCUCGACUGUGUGUUACGUUACUUAAGUUCUUUAUUUUCUGUAAGAAAGUUGCGCUUGGUUGGUUGGAUGUGAGUAGCGAUGAUGGAAGUGUAGGAUCAAUAAUUGUAUUAUUAUUAUUAUUAUUAUAAUUAUAAUUAUUAUUCUGUUUUUUUUAAUCAUCAGAGCUGAAAUGGACUUCUGGCCGUUGUUUAAAAGUUGCGAGUGUCUGCUCAGCGUGUGUUGAUAGAGUAGACCAAUGUUUCUUUAUUUUUCUGCUCUUAUGUGGUUAGGUCAUGUAGCUGAGCGCUAAAAAUACAGUUAGAAAUUGGCUGGUCUCAUUUUAGUGUUUCAUGGCCAGAUGACAUUUCAAAACUAAAAAAAAAAGGACAAAAAAAUCAUUUAUGGAAUAAAGUUUAUAUGCAGCUCUCGGUGCACCCGGUUUGAGGUGCGACUGUCUGCUUUUUUAUUUUUGUUAUUUUUUUCCUUCCUGGCUGUAGUUAAUUUGUCUUUGUUUGCACUGCUGGCGUGGAUGGGUGCAUGAUGAUGAUGAUGACGAUGAUGGUGAUGGGUGGUGGUGGGAUGGUGUGUGCGCGCUCGCUGCAGUGUGUUCCCUGCCUGAGGCAGGCGCUAGCGUUCACUCUCAACACCCCCCCUCCCUAAAAAAACCCCUUCAUCUGCUGGUUUCUAAAGAUCUGCAAUAAUUUACUGCAUCAGGUUCUUGUUUUUACCUGGACACACAAAUAAAGCAACUGUUUGACUCA